AUGACCCUCCCAACAACCCAACAAGCCGCCGUCCGCUCCGGCACAGGCUCCACAGCCACCGCCCCCCUCCAAACCAUCCCCGGCCCACCCCAACCAGGCCCCAACCAAAUCCUCGUAAAAAUCGCCUGGACCGGCCUCUGCGCCUCGGACAAAUCCCUCCUCCACGACGAAUGGGCUGCCUUCGGCGUAAGCAUGAAAGACACGACCCAAGGAAUCGCCGGCCACGAAGGCGCCGGGGAAGUCGUAGCCGUAGGGUCCGGAGUGGCGAAUCUUUGGAAAAUAGGAGAUCGUGCCGGAGUGAAAUGGGUCGUUUCGACAUGUCGAGAGUGCGAGUUCUGUACCAAUGGCACGGAUGAGUUACACUGUCCCAAGCAAUUGAAUAGUGGGUUUACCAUCGCGGGGACUUUUCAGGAGUAUUGUCUAACCGACGGCCACUACGCCACCCACAUCCCCCCCGGCGUCAGCGACGAAGAAGCAGGCCCCAUAAUGUGCGGCGGCGUAACAGCCUACACAGCCUGUAAACGCUCCGCCGUUCGCCCCGGCCAAUGGAUCAUCAUGAUAGGCGCCGGUGGCGGCCUGGGCCACUUCGGCGUCCAAUACGCCAAAGCGAUGGGGAUGCGCAUAAUCGGAAUUGACGGCGGGGUGGAAAAAGGCAAAUUGUGUAAAGAUUUGGGGUGUGACGCCUUUAUUGAUUUCACCGAGAGUGAAGAUAUCGCAGUGGAGAUUGUGAAACUCACGACGUAUGGUGCUCAUGGUGUGAUUGUCUUCGCUGCUUCGAAGGGGGGUUAUGCGAUGGCGCCUUCGUUAUUGAGACCGGGGGGGACGAUGGUGAGUGUCGGGCUACCGCAGGAUCCUACUGUAGUGGCAGGGGCACCACCGAUUUUGCUUGCCAUGAAGCGGAUACAAGUUGUUGGGUCGGUGACAGGGACGUUGAAGGAUGUGGAGGAAGCGCUGGACUUUACUGCUCGAGGACUGGUACAUCCGAUCCUGACCAAGGGCACGCUGGCAGAUGUGGAUAAAUUCUGUUCGUUGAUGGCGGACGGCAAACUGCCAGGCCGGGCUGUGCUAAGGGUAGCCGCAUAG